AACAACACCUCUCUGUCCACCCAUUACCCUCGAAGCCCUACAACACAACAGCACAAUGGCAGACCGAGGUGGCGCAGCUCCUGCUGCUGGUGCCCGUGGUGGCGGAUUCGGGUCCCGUGGCGACCGUGGUGGAGGUGACCGUGGCGGACGCGGCCGUGGUCGUGGCAGAGGACGUCGAGGCGGCGCAAAGAGCGACGAGAAGGAGUGGCAGCCUGUCACCAAGCUCGGUCGUCUCGUCAAGGCCGGCAAGAUCAAGAGCAUGGAGGAGAUCUACCUGCACUCGUUGCCUAUCAAGGAGUACCAGAUCGUCGACUUCUUUUUGCCAAAGCUCAAGGACGAGGUCAUGAAGAUCAAGCCAGUCCAGAAGCAGACUCGUGCUGGUCAGCGCACCCGUUUCAAGGCAAUUGUCGUCAUUGGAGACAGCGAGGGCCACAUUGGUCUCGGCAUCAAGACCUCCAAGGAAGUUGCAACUGCCAUCCGCGCUGCGAUCAUCAUCGCGAAGCUCUCGGUGGUGCCAAUUCGUCGUGGCUACUGGGGCACCAACCUCGGUGACCCACACUCCAUCCCAGUCAAGGAGUCUGGCAAGUGCGGUUCCGUCACCGUUCGUCUCAUUCCUGCUCCACGUGGUACCGGCCUUGUCGCCUCUCCAGCCGUGAAGCGUCUCUUGCAGUUGGCAGGUGUUAACGACAUCUACACUGCCUCUUCUGGAUCGACCAAGACGCUCGAGAACACCCUCAAGGCUACCUUUGUUGCCAUCACCAACACGUACGGUUUCCUCACGCCUAACCUCUGGAAGGAGACCAAGCUCACCCGCUCUCCGCUUGAGGAGUACUCUGACGUUCUCCGUGACGGCAAGCGCUACUAGGUGCACCAACUCUUUUGAUUUGCACGUUAUGAUGAGCUGUCUCGGUAGGCAGGGUACAAAAAGGUCUGCACGACCAUGGUAGAAUAGUAGUACAGAUGCGCAAAUUGUGUGUCGGUCUGAAUUAGGCGAUCGCUAGGCUUCAUCCGCCACUGAUGAAAAGAUGGUGGACCCAAUGUCGUCUGACUUGAGCCAAGAACGAAAAUCACAAAGUGCAUCUCUACUCAAACAGAAUUCAUCGUCUUAACGUGCUUCAGAACAUGCCAAAAAGUUCUUCUGUAAUGAUGUACAAUCCUCUUCCCGUGGCGCCAGGCGGACUGUCGCCUCUCGUUCAUGACGGACUGGGAGGAAUAACCGCUUGGUCGCCUUUUUCGACUGUUCAUAAAAUUCCAUCCCCCGCACGAUGUGAUAGGCUUUCGACACUUUGAGAUGGCUAGUGUCGACGCCCUGAUCUCUCAAAUUGGCGAUGAAGCGGCGAAAAGACUUGGUCGUAGGACGAUAGUGACCAGACAGGGGCGAUAGAUAGGUCAGUCUGCCCUGGUCUAUGCCGAUAGUUCCCGCACUGGAUAUGCGGGAGCCACUGAGGAAACUAGCAUGUUGGAAGGACCCUGAUGCUUUGAUCCCCACGUAGAGUCGGCCUACAGUAUCUGAAACAUAGAUCCAGGUACCUGGCCGGACAGAAGCUCGGAGCAGACGAUUGAGAAUCGUCGCUGGGCUGACUCGUAAUCGACCACGUGCCCUCCUCCUCCUCCUCUCCUUCUUUGGCAUGGAGUCCGACGUAGCGGUUUGGUGCACAGCAGAUUCAUCUGCCAGAUUUGCCACCGAGAUACAUGGAGAGUCCCACGACGAUGAAGCAGAAGUGGCUUUUGCGUAUUUAAAAUCCGGCUCGGGCUUGAGAGCGUUCCUAAAGAUGCCACCGACUGCUGCAAGCUUACUGGACAGGGAAGCAUCUGCUGCAAUUUGCCGUUUGACAUCCUCAUCAUCGAAUGUGGGUGCGCUGGCACCCAGGGACACAAUGCCAUACAUACUGUCCUGGUACUGGUCGAUGGAAGUGGUGAUGAGCUCGUCAUCUUUCUGCCAUCGCAGUAGGCCAUCCGAAUCCACGCGAACGAGAUACUGUUGUCGUUCUUCUCUGCUCAAGUAACGGAUUCUCUCGGCCUCGAGUUUCCUACGAUCACAGCCGACCUAAGAUCGGACGUUUCCAAGUCAGCGAACGUGAACGAGCGAUCGGCGUCGGACUCCGUACUAGGUCCAAAUCUCUUCCUUCUCCGUGAUCCAGCCAGUAAAAGAAGUUCUCGUCCGUGUUGGUGUGCUGCCACUCCUCGUGAUAGACUUGCAGGUUGGCGCCGUAGCGAUGCUUGUGAUCAACCAUUUCGAGAAAGUACCUCAGGUCAAGCAGCAUAGACUCUGGUUCCACGGACGACGACUUCCAUGCAUUCCGCCAGGGUCUGACACUGCUUUGAGGCCUUAAAGAGGACUUGAGCGAAGUGUGUUGGGUGGCAAGACUAUUGUGGUCUUCGCCGGCUCCAGCAUGGUCGGCGAUGUCUCUGACACGGCGCCAGUUCACCAUGGCUCUAUAAGAUGGAUUGGUAGUCAAGCCCGGAUGGGCAUCGGAACUUCCGACAGAAGAGCGAUGCGGAGCAGUGGCACUGCGAUAUCGCCAUUCUUUCACCAGCUCUACCCAUCUGGAAGUCGGGUCGAGGGUCAAACCGCUGAGUUGGCGUCGUGCUCGAUGACCUCGAUACGUGCGCUGGAUAAGCUUGGCGGCAUCUUGUUCCUCGAUGGAGUGCUUGUAGUAUCUACGGAGAAUCUCUUGUUCCUUUUGCACCUGGAUGUCCGAUAUUCGAGCUAGUUCGGCAGCCGAGGGCAGGACCAAGCUGUCCAGAUACUCUUGAUGCGACCGAGCACGUGGACGCGUUUGCGUACGAGCACUGUCAUCGUCGUCGUCGGUGCUCAUAAUGGC